UUUAGGUUGUAGCUUCGUCUAAAAAUUGUCCAACAAAACAAAUGCAAAAAAAUGUGACAAAAGCAGUCCUGACCUGACCCACUGAACCGUAUUGUGGGAUCAAUAACCACUAAAAGUUUUUGUGUUUAUUUUGUUGUGCCAAAAAUAUCAAGCCCACCGGAAAAUUUUGGCGAAUUUCUAAGCCAAGGCGAUCAAUUUGCACCACCAACAAGACAGGCUAUUAUUUCAUAUCUUGAACAUUACCUUAUUUAUUGUGUUUUCGCAUGGAAAACAGUUUUGGGCGAUUGUCAACAAAAUUUUGCUUUAGUUUCUAAAUUUGCCGCCAAUGUUUGCCCCACAGAGCGUUAAUUGUUAACAGCCAUUUUAGAAGCCAUUAAUUGUCCGCUAUUUGCGGCAAACAAUCAACACACUAUUCGUGGAAUGAAGUCUAAAAAAAGCGAAACCCGUAUAAAACCGUCUUCGAAAUGGUUCUUAACAGUCCGACCCUCACACAUCAUCACGCAGCAAUCGCCAGUUAUCGAAGCGUCAGUUCAAAUUCAGUGAAAUGCAAUAGAUAUAAAUAAGCUCACAAAAUCAAGUACAGCGGUCUAGGUGUAUAUUUGCGAGGCCGAGCGUCGCGACGCCACUUGCCAACUCCAUCCUAAUCAGUUCGUUAGCGGCCGGCCACCUGAAGCAUCGAGUCCGUUGUGUCCGAAUAAAAUGAAGCUUUUACGCGCCUUCACGUUCUUCAAAAUAAUGGAGAACUCGUCGAGCGACCAUCUAACACGCCUCAAGAUGUCUGGAAAGGAUGAGUAAGAAGUCACGUUUGGUCAAAGCACGCCAUUCCAGCCUGGAAAUGCCGGAUCCGGAAGUUGUCGUCAAGAAGAAGCAAGACAUGCUGACCAAAGCACGGAACAAGUUGUUCAAUUUGGGUGAGAACUUGAAAACUCACAAAAUAGACGGGGACCACCACAGGAAGACGGUGACUCAAGCCACCAUCGACUACAUCUUCAAACAUUGCCCCAAAGAGAAGAACCACGUUUAUGCCAACAGUAACAUCCACACCAAGAGGAAUCUGCAGAAGCAGAACUCGGUUGGAGCUUAUCCGAUCAAAAUCGAGAUCACUCAAGACUCCGAUGAGGAAAAGGAGACUAUCAAAAGAUCAAGACCGGCCACGGUUUGUGUUGACAAAGUGAGUGAAGGGCGGGAAACCGCAGCGUUGGCCCUGGAAAGGCCCCGGAAGAAGCUUUCGUUCCGAGAGCCGGAAAUCGUGGGUCGCACCAAGCAAGAGCAGCAGAAGACCCACUUGGAGGUGGUGGGACUGAAGAGGAGUUCGAGCUAUUGCAAUGGAAUCCUGCACCGAAGCCCCAGUUUCGAAGACUCUGACUUGGAGAGCCAGGCAAUGCGCGUGGUCAGGACCAUAGGUCAAGCGUUCGAAGUGUGCCAUAAACUGUCGAUUAACGCUCCUGAGAACGAAAACUUGGAUCAGGACGAACAAGAUACGCUUACUCAAGACUUGCUCAGCGACCGGUUAAGUGACGUAACGAGUGAUAAGCCGAAGAAAGAUUUGCUCUCUGAAGGUGCCAGUGACAAGAUGUCUCUUCCUCCCGACGAUUCGAGUUUCCGGGACUACAACGAGACCAAAUCGGCCAAACCUCAACAGCUCGACAUUCUCCCGCCUCCACCUACCACCAACACCCGAAAAUCACCCUUGACGUCAGCGGAAACGUACUCUUCGCCGCACAGCGACGUCCUCACCAGCGGGAGCGGCAGCGGCGGCAGCAACUCGCUGCCGCCUCCAGGAAGCGCCCUUUCGGCGCAUCACGAGCUGCAGUUGCUCAGAGAGCAAUUGGAACAGCAGAGUCAGCAAACGCAAGCCGCAAUGGCACAACUGCAACUCGCGAGGGAGCAACUCGCCGCUGAACAGAGCGCUCGUUUGGAGGCCCAAGCCCGAACACACCAGCUGCUCAUCCACAACAGGGAAUUGCUCGAUCACAUAGCCGCCCUCGUGGCGCACCUCCAAGGGGGCGAGAAAGCCAGUCAACAGCAGAGCCCUCCGCACGUGACGAUGCCCCAGCAGCAACAGCAGCCGGGGUCAGGCGAAAACUACUCCUCGGACCACCUCUCCGAAACCGCUUCACUGGACAACAGUAGCGCUUUACAAGCCUUGGGCUUAAACCCCCAAGGCCUGAUCGAAAACCGAGCAGUAACAUCGUGUCUACCACCUUCGCCCCUCCGGACAUCCUACAACCCACCCGGCAGCGUGUUCAACUUUUCCUUCCCCCAAGUUGACGCCUGCUACGACCCCCAGCUCCUCCAAAGACUCCAGAACAUGGGCGGCUACACCCCUUCAUACGCCUACAACUACACCCAGACCCUCCCCUACUUGCCCAACCUGUACAACCAACCCCUCAUCAACAACAACUACACCCUGCAGUCGCCGACUCAGAAGAAGCUGCCGUCGUCACCCAUGCCCAUGAGGCACUCCUUCGCCGGGAGCAGCCCCGCGUCGGAGCGCCGGGUGAGCCCCGCCAGAGGGGGCGAGCCCAUGUACCCGGGGAACCACCUGCAGGUGCAGCAGGCGGUGCAGAGACAGCCGAGUCCCGACAGAAGGGAUGGCCAGUUCAUCAAGCCCCUGUCCCAGAUGGGCACCUUGACGGCCACUGAUCCCGAGGGAAGGGUGCGGGUGAUAGUUCCAGUCCCGGCGAACUCGGCGGAAGACACCGGGACGCUGAUGGCCAACUUGAGACUGAGUGACAGUUUGAGGGUUAGUGACGAUCGGACUCUGAACGGACCGCCGAUCACACGGUCGACGAGUGAGAAAGUGCCCAACAGGAGCGAACUGAUGUCGCAAGUGCAGCGCACCAUGUGGGCAAGACACACCACCAAGUGAUCAUGACAUAUCAGAGUUGCGAUCGUUAACUUAAGGACUAAUUAUAGCAUUUUGUUUUGUUUUUCGUCGGUUUUUGUUUAUAAAACACGUCCAGAACUGCUACCAGAUCGUAGGAAUACAAGUAAAUUUAGGCUUGUUUAUAUUAGGUUCUAAUAUCAUUUACUUGAUAAGCAGUUGUAGAGGUGUUAGUAGGAAAAAUCAGAUCAGUGUUCGAUAUUUUUUCUAGUCAAACUAUAUUUACUUCAAGGUUUUUCGAAAAACAAACAAAAACGGUUUACGGUUAAUACAUUUUAUUUAAAAAUGUUGGGUUUGGUAUUGACAGAUUUGCAUGUUUUAUUUUUCCAUAUGUUAAAAUAAUAAGGUGCUUGCAAAAUUAUUAUUUCUGUUAGUUGCGAUAAAAGUGAAAGGCAUUACGAAUUUUUUUAUUUUGAUUUAAACAUCUGUACCAGAACAAUGAUUUGCUCUCAAACACAUAUUGACAUUAUCGUCAAUCGUUUUAAUAUACAGAAUGGCGCAUAAGUACAUCGUUUUUGUGAAUAGUAUUUUAAAUAAAAAAAGAAGGUAACGAAAGUCAAAGUUUAUUUUCAAAUUACUUAAGAGUAAAGUUUCACUUUCUCACCGAAAUCAGUAUUACAAUGUGUUUUUAAAUGUUUCUCAUCCAGUUUACUUUAAAACUGGUUUAAAUGUAAAAAAAAUUGUUCCGCUCUACUCAAUUGAAUGCUCUGCCAAUAAAUGUCAAAUCUGUCAGUUGGGAAAUUAAAUUAAUUUUCUUAAAAAAUUUCAUUAAAAUCCAACUAAAUUGCAACAAUGUGCAAGAAAACACUUUUAUUAUCGAAGCUUAUUUCCCAAUUCGAGACUUAAUAAUUGGACAAUAGUAAUAUUCGGUGUCUAAAUGCCUGCCAUUAAUUCUAUAAAGCCGCAUUUCUGAUUUUACAUGGAAAAUUUACAGACGACUACAUGAUUAAAAACACAUUGUAUAAUCAUAAAAGAAAUAAAAAAGUGGAGUCCGCUUACAACGAACAAAAUUUGACUUGCAACAUUAUUAAAUUUUUCUCUUAAAAUGAACUCUUGCCCCCAUUUUAAAAAAUAUGUUGGGGUUGAUAAUGAGUAAUAUGACAAAGCAGCAAGAGAAGUGUUAAAUGAUGAACGUAUUAUUGACUGAAAACAACCAAUGAAAACCAGUAUUUAUAAAGAUAAUUACAGUGUGAAUUUGAUAAUUGUGCAAAUAUUUUAUGGGGUGAUUAUAGAGCUCAAAAGAAGUCAAAAUAAAUCAACUUGUCUUAUAUUCAUAAGUUAUUUAUUCAACGAAUUGAAUUCAUUUAUUCCACAAGUGAAAUAUUAAACCACGAGUGAAAACGAAUGGUUCAUUAUCCACAAGGUUAAAUAAAUGAAUCGAUUUACACGAAAAGGAGUUGAAUACAACAUUUUAUUCUUCAAAUUAGACUCAGCAUGGCUUAAAAUUGCUUUAAAUCUGUUUAAAAUGAUCUGACGUUUUGUAAUGAGAAAUCUUACACAGUUAUCAAACUUCCUUACACAGGAGAAAAAUUAUAAAUUUUGACAGUGUCGAAGAAUAAAAUGUUUUUAGCUACUUUUUGAGAUAUAAAUACAGUUACUAUACCGUCUAAAAAUUCGUCAAUAAACUGCAAUAUGAACUAGAUUUGGGUCUUUGGAGUACUUUUUUCCGAAGUUUACAUACUUAAUUGUCGAUACGAUAUUUGAGAGAAUGAAAUUCGGUACUAUCUUGGCCAAAACAUAUGAAAAUAUUUACAUUUUUAUAAUUAUGUACGGUUGAACUCAUUUUUUGUGGCUGUUUUUCUAAUUUUAACUCAAUGUAGUUGAUUUUGAAGAAUUAUUUUUGAAAGACAUGUUUGUUUAAAACUUUUGCUAAUAAAGUAUAAAGUUGAGCGCUAGAGUAAUAUUUAUUCUUUGAUCAAAAUUCCCUAUACCUCAGAAACUAUAAAAAACUAUUGAAUAACGUAAGUUGAGUUAUUUUCACUUUUUUUGAGCUCUACUAACACUAACACUCUACUAUAUUUGCACAACUAUCAAAUUCACACAGAAUAUGUGUUACUGUUCGUAGAAGGAUUCAUGUUUUUUUUAUGCAAUACUUCUUUACAUAUUUUGUCCUAUUUAUGUGUAAAGCAAAAAUAACUGCUAAAAAACUUUUUUUAAAUUUACCUUUUAUAGUAAAUCUCGCGUAUAACGAACAUUUUCUGAGUUCGUUAUAACUAGACACCACUGUCAUUAAAAAGAAAGUUUGAAUUUUUUGGUGACCAUGUUAGACGUUUUGAAACAAAUGCGAUUUAUAUCGAGGUUUUAAAAAUUUCUUCUUGUUCAAGUAUCGUCGAGCUUAGUAAGUAAACAUUGAAACGUUGGAAAAAAUUGCUUUCUAUUUCAAUAUUUUUUCUAUUAUUGUUUUAAAUAAUUGAAAUAAUCAACUAGGUAUUAGUUCAUUUAAUUUUGUUUUAGAUGAGUUUCAGUUUCGGGCUUUGUGUGGAAAUAAUUCUUUUGAUCGACAUAGAUAUUUAUUUUUUCCAUUGUAAGAGUUAAUUACUUACACUAAAAUUAUUAACAAUUUAGAGUAAGUAACAUAAUUAAUAGUAAAUAAGAGUUAAAAGGACCUUUGGCAUUUUAUUAAGUAAUUUUUUUGAUGUUAGUUUAAUGCAGUAACAAGUAGCUUCUUAUACUGGAAUAAAAUUGAUACUUCGAAGACUCUACUAACGGAGUUUUUCUUUAACAAUUUUUUGUGAUAUUUUGUUUGAUCAGAUUUUUUAGAAUUGAAGAAAAUCAAAACUCAAGAAUGAGCUUAACGCAUUUAGAAAUCACAAACGCAGAAGUAAAUAAAUACGUAAAUAAAAAAUCUAAAUACGAAUACAUAGCUAAAAUUGUAUAUGUAGUAUUGAUCCUCAUGUUUUUUUCUCCUUUGAUUAUGUAUGCAUGCUUAUGGAACUUUUUUUUAACUUUUAGGGUUGUUUCAACGAAAUCUUUUGAAAUAAUAAGUAAGCUUCCGGAUCAUAACACUCACAACAGAACAAAAUCUAUUAGAAUAUUUCGUUUUACAUUAGAUCUACUUUUGCGCCAUCCUAUAUUUACGUAGUCUACCACAUAUUAGGAAUUUCGUUAUUUCAAAAUUUACGUUUAGAUUUACGUACAAAUGUAUCAAGAAAUAUUAAUUGUGAUUAAAUCAACCCAGUUUAAAAAUGCUUAUACAGGAUGGUUCAAAAAUCUUGGUCCAUCUCUUGGGUAGUGAUAGAAGAGAUCCAACAUAAACAUCCAAGUUAAAAUUACCUAUCACAAAAAUUUGUUUGCGCAUUUUUUCACGAUAUUAAUUUUUUCUUGAAUCUAACUAGCGCAAAUGACAAUCCCGGUAACAUUAAAUAGAUACCUGUUUAAAAAAUCACCAAUUUGUAUCUUAUGGUGUACAAAACGUUUAACAAAUAGCGAACUGAGCAAUAAAUUAAAUCCGUCAAGAUUGGAAAAACAGAAUAACAAUAAAAAAAGAUCAAUUUCAUUUUUUAUGCUUAGCUGAAUGCCUUUUAUCACCAUUAGAAAGUUGGUUCGCCACUUUUGAAUCAUUGUGUAUAAAGCAAGUCUUAUGUUUUGUAAUAGAAGACUAAAAUAAUUUAAUAAUUUAAAAUAUAUUGAAACCAAAAAUGGUCAAUUUAAGUCAGAAUUUAAAGAGACUUUAAAUUGAUGUGGGUUGAAAAUAUUUUCUCGUUGUUGAAAACAGAAUUUGCAACCGUUUACGCUUUUAGCGUACACUUUACUUUUAAAAAAAUUCCUUUUAGACUUUUUAUUCAUUGCCUUCCACUUUGGUUACGUAGCUACAUGUAAAACAUUUACCAAAAACCUAACCGUAUUUUGUAACAUUGUUGAGACUUAUCCUUGAGCCAGUAUUGCUAGAUGUACAUAUUUUCGAAAUGUCUCCUGUUUUACUAAAGCGAUGUUAGCUGAUGUUAUUUUUAAUGUAUUGAAAUAAACUUUGUUUUGCAAAA